UCCAUUUAUGGGCGCACCAAGGGCCGAUAUCAGUGUCGAUGGCAUUCGCUCUCAGCUAUUCUUAGGAGCCUCCCAGGAGCUCUGCACAGCCUGGCCAGGCAGAGAGCAGAGAAGGCCGUCGCUGUCAGCACCAGUAUGUCCUACAGUGUGACUCUGACAGGGCCCGGGCCCUGGGGCUUCCGUCUUCAGGGAGGCAAGGACUUCAAUAUGCCCCUCACUAUCUCCCGGAUCACUCCAGGCAGCAAGGCAGCCCAGUCCCAGCUCAGCCAAGGAGACCUUGUGGUGGCCAUUGAUGGGGUCAACACGGACACCAUGACCCACCUGGAGGCCCAGAACAAGAUCAAGUCUGCCAGCUACAACCUGAGCCUUACCCUGCAGAAGUCCAAGCGUCCCAUUGCCAUCUCCACAGCAGCGCCCCCUAUCCAGUCCCCACUGCCAGUGAUUCCCCACCAGAAGGACCCUGCUCUGGACACGAACGGCAGCCUGGUGACUCCCAGCCCCAGCCCUGAGGCGAGGGCCAGCCCAGGCACCCUGGAGUUCGGGGACACCUUUAGCUCCUCCUUCUCCCAGACCUCUGUCUGCACCCCACACAUGGAGGCCCUGGAGCCUGUCCUUCCUCAGGGCAGCCCAGUGGCCAAGGCCAGCCCAGAGGGUGUACAGGGCACAGUCAGCCCCAAAGUUCUGCCAGGCCCCAGCCAACCGAGACAAUAUAACAACCCCAUUGGCCUGUACUCAGCAGAGACCCUGAGGGAGAUGGCUCAGAUGUAUCAGAUGGGCCUCCGAGGGAAGGCCUCAGGUGCCGGACUCCUAGGAGGGAGCCUCCCCGUGAAAGACUUGGCCGUGGACAGCGCCUCUCCAGUGUACCAGGCCGUGAUCAAAAACCAAAGCAAGCCGGAAGACGAGGCUGACGAGUGGGCCCGCCGCUCCUCCAACCUGCAGUCCCGCUCCUUCCGCAUCCUGGCCCAGAUGACAGGGACGGAAUACAUGCAAGACCCUGACGAAGAGGCUCUGCGAAGAUCCAGCACCCCUAUUGAGCAUGCUCCAGUGUGCACCAGCCAGGCCUCUACCCCGCUGCUGCCUGCUUCUGCCCAGCCGCCUGCUGCUGCCUCUCCCAUUGCGGCCUCGCCAACCCUGGCCACAGCUGCUGCUGCCCAUGCUGCUACUGCCUCUGCUGCAGGUCCUGCCUCAAGCCCUGUGGAGAGUCCGAGGCCACAGGCCUCUGCCUACAGCCCCGCGGCAGCCUCUUCUCCAGCACCCUCUGCCGACACCAGCUACAGUGAGGGUCCAGCUGCCCCUGCACCCAAGCCCCGAGUCGUAACCACUGCCAGCAUCCGGCCUUCUGUUUACCAGCCAGUGCCUGCAUCUACCUACAGCCCGUCCCCAGGAGCCAAUUACAGUCCCACUCCCUAUACCCCCUCCCCUGCUCCUGCUUACACCCCCUCCCCUGCUCCUGCUUACACCCCCUCCCCUGCUCCCACCUAUUCCCCCUCCCCUGCACCAGCUUAUACCCCGUCCCCUGCUCCAAACUAUAACCCCACACCAUCAGCAGCCUACGGUGGGGGCCCUGCUGAGUCUGCCAGCCGCCCACCCUGGGUGACCGAUGACAACUUCUCUCAGAAGUUUGCUCCUGGAAAGAGCACUACCUCUGUCAGCAAGCAGACCCUGCCCCGGGGAGCUCCAGCCUACAACCCAACAGGUCCACAGGUGACCCCUCUCACCAGGGGCACCUUCCAGAGAGCUGAGCGCUUCCCAGCCAGCAGCCGGGCUCCCCUCUGUGGGCACUGCAACAAUGUCAUCAGGGGCCCUUUCCUGGUAGCCAUGGGUCGCUCUUGGCAUCCAGAAGAGUUCAACUGUGCCUACUGCAAGAACUCCCUGGCAGAUGUGUGCUUUGUGGAGGAGCAGAACAAUGUUUACUGCGAACGGUGCUACGAGCAGUUUUUUGCCCCACUCUGUGCCAAGUGCAACACCAAGAUCAUGGGGGAAGUGAUGCACGCUCUGAGACAGACGUGGCAUACCACCUGCUUCGUCUGUGCAGCCUGCAAGAAACCUUUUGGAAACAGCCUCUUCCACAUGGAGGAUGGAGAGCCGUACUGUGAGAAAGACUACAUCAAUCUGUUCAGCACCAAGUGUCACGGAUGUGAUUUUCCUGUGGAAGCUGGCGACAAGUUUAUUGAAGCCCUGGGCCACACCUGGCAUGACACCUGCUUCAUCUGUGCGGUCUGCCAUGUGAAUCUGGAGGGUCAGCCAUUCUACUCCAAGAAAGACAAACCACUGUGCAAGAAGCAUGCACAUGCCAUCAACGUGUAGGGGCCCAGAGUGGCUGGUGCGGGCCAGGCCUGGGCUGCUCCUGCUACCGACAAUGAAGGAGUCAAAGAAGCUGAUGUUUCUUCUGGGGGGAGAGGGGGAGGGGGAGAGGAAUGAUUGAGCCUUUUGAAGUCUAAUUUUAGUCUUUUCUUGUACACACAGAUUAUGUAUUUGCAUAGUUCAGACUAGAAGCCAAAAGAAGAUUCUAAACCCA